AUGUCAUACCGAGAACUACGCAACUUCUGCGAAUAGAUGAGGGCUUUGGGAUAUCACCGAAUCAUAUCGAUGGAGAACUUUAGAAGGCCUAAUUUUGAAUUGGUUGCUGAUAUCUUAUAUUGGUUAGCCUUGAAGUAUGACCCGAAUACAGACAUCUCAGACAAUAUCGAUGAGGAACGUCAUCGAGUUGAGUUUAUAAAACAGAUUACUACUCUUUUUGUAAGUAAAGCCAGGCUCAAGAUAAAUCCAAAGAGGUUAUAUAUGGCAGAUGUGUAUGCAGUUCAAGAAAUUUUGAAAAUUUCAACUUUUUUAUAUAAGGCAUAAGUCUCCUCGCCUGCAGAAGAAGAUGAAGUGCAUGAUUUCUCUCUCCCCUCUAAAUUAAGUAAUAUCAAGAGUCAUAAGGCUUUGGCAUAAGAAAUUACUGACUUGGCCACAAGGUUAUAUGACUAAUUAGGGAAGGAGGAUGAAGUGAGAGUGGCUAGAGAAAAAGCAUUAUAGUUCUUAUAGAAUGUCUCUAGAGGAGGUAAUUCCCAAUCAGAGCAAUCUUAUAUUAAAACUUGCAUUGAUUCUAUUUUGAAACAAUAAGAAAAAAACAUUCAGAAUAUGUCUAUGUAUGUAAGUGGCUUGGAGAGAGAUCAAAAGCAAAUUGAUGAAAAAAUCAAGAGAAAGACAAAGGAAUUGGAAUAGGCAGAAAAGAGAUUGAAGGGGAUGACUAGCGUGAAGCCUGCUUAUUAAGAAGAAUAUGAUAGGUAGGAAUAUGAAUUGGAAAAGCUAUAUUAGAUUUACGUUGAGAAAUUCAGAAAUCUUGUAUAUUUAGAACAUGUUUUGGAUGCUCAAAAUGAAUAAGCAGAAAUAGAAUAGAGAAAGAAGAAGCAAUAAUUGGAGGGAUUCUAAAUUGAAAUUCAGAAACAACAAGAAGAUGAAAUUAAAGGCGGAGAUGAUGAAGAUAACUAGGAUUAGUUAGUGUAAUUGGGAGGAGACUCUAGGUUACCAUCAAGCAAUCAAGAGAAACGAAAAAAUGAAUUUAUGAGAUAGUAACAAGGAGGAUUUAAUAAAUAGCAGAUGGAUGAAGACAUAGAUGUGGAUGACAUAGAUAAUUUAAGUGGAUGUGAGGAUGAAGAAGAUGAGGAAGAGGAGGAUGAGCAAGAUAUUGAUAAUUUGGAAGAUGAUGGCGAAGAUGCAGACUUUUGA